AUUUGCAAUCUGUGGUCUGAGAGCUUUCAAAGUUUUUGACUAACCAGUUUGACAUAUGAGUGCAUACCGUAUAUCGUUUGUAUCCUGAAUUUGCACAAAGAAUUCGGCUUAUAAGGGCGAUUUUAUAAUAAAAGUUAUGUGAGAAAAUAGAAAAAUAUGGCAUUCCUGUGUCCGGUUAGAAUUCGAAGGGGUAAGAAGAAAAAAUCAAAUAGUGGUGAUUCCGAUAAAGAAUUAUCAAGACCUGGUUCCGGACUGAGUCCUGGCAUGGGCAGGAUCACAGGAUCUGCGAGUAUUGAAACUUUAGUCAGAGUCGGUAUAGAGAAAGAACAUGGACUCAGCCCUGAUUCCAAAAUGGUAGUUCUACAUGACUUUGCACCAUGUGUUGAUGAUGAAUUAGAGGUGAAGCGUGGCCAAAUAGUAAAUGUAUUGUAUCGUGAAAAUGACUGGGUGUAUGUGAUAGUUGCGGAAUCUCGACGUGAAGGAUUCAUACCACAUUCAUAUUGUGCUCCUUGUGAACAUCAUGAUUUGAAGAAGAAGUUGCCAAGGAGCAGGUCACCUACAGAUUUAGCACACAGAGAUGUGUCACAACUAUCUUUAUCGGAUGGUGCAACUAAUGAUGGUCAUUCAGAGUUGGGCAGCGAAGGGGAAGCGUGUCCCUUCAGUAAGGACCCGUCUGGCCGAUAUGUAGUAUUGUACACAUUUACUGCACGAGAUGAGAACGAUGUUGAUGUAGAACGAGGAGAAUUUGUUACAGUUUUAAACAGAGAAGACCCAGACUGGUAUUGGAUUGUGAGGAGUGAUGGUCAGGAAGGUUUCAUACCUUCAGGAUUUGUAUAUCCAGCUGUUAGUCAAGCAACACAACAGGACAAUACGCAGCCCGUACAUUCACCAACAACUAAUACAAACAACACAAUGAUGUCAAAUAACUUGUUGUCGAACACAACUCUCAACAACACAACGCAGGAUACUGAAGGACGCUAUCAUGGAACUGAACUAGUCAUGUUGUACGACUAUAAGGCGCAAGCGCCCGAUGAUCUUUCGGUGAAGCGAGGUGAAUGGGUAUACGCAGACCUAACUCAGCAGACGGUAGAAGGCUGGCUGUGGGCUCACGCGCCUAAGUCGCGUCGCUCCGGAUUCAUACCCACUGCCUACGCCCGUGCACCGCACACUACGUCCCUGUGAAAUAACUUAAACAAUCCCUAAGUGUAACUUUAUUAUUCUAAAUCUUCAUUAAGGGACUCGCUAGUAACAGUGAAACUCGAAAUCAAGAGCGGCCAAAGCUCUGGUGUAUUUAAUAGUCAGUUAGUCUCCCUUUGUAGCGUAAAGGGAGUUCAGAAUCAUUUAUUGGUCUCUAAGGGAUGCAUUAAUGACCAUUAAAUGACAAAAUAGUUUACUUGAGAGUUUUUCUGAUCUAUACUUAAAAUAUUUUGAAUACUUGCCAUUGUCGGAGGUUAUGUUUAAAGAUAUAUUAAAAUAAGAG